CCAAAAUCCAAGUAUCUCUCUGCCGUUACUUCACAAGUUUUAGGUUUGACAAGAAAUGGUGCGAGCGUACAAAGUUAAAGGGGAAAAGAGGAAAAAGAAAGGAGAGAAUUAUGAUAAGGAAGAAAUAGAGGAAGCUUUGGAAGAGGAGUCAGCAAAAAGAGCGAGAACAGAACACACCGAAGCAGACACUGAGGCAGCUGAACGAGUUGUAGAUUUACUGGCUGGUAUUCCGGUUGUUUCAACUGAUCGAAGCACCAAACCUGGUAUUAUUUUCAUCAUCGAAAGAGCUUCCCUGGAAAUUGCUAAAAUUGGAAAGACUUACCAACUUCUGAACUCAGAUGAGCAUUCCAACUUUCUGAAGAAGAACAAUCGAAACCCUUCUGAUUAUCGACCUGAUAUUGCUCAUCAGGCAAUGCUUUCAAUUUUAGAUAGCCGAGUGAAUAAAGCUGGGAGAUUAAAAGCUUUGUAUGUGAAGACCGAGAAAGGUGUCCUAUUUGAAGUAAAACCUCAUGUUCGUAUCCCUAGGACGUUUAAACGAUUUGCUGGCAUUAUGUUGCAGCUGCUACAAAAGCUGAGCAUAACUGCUGUUGGUAAGCGAGAGAAACUGUUACGUGUUAUAAAAAACCCUGUUUCAAAGUACCUACCCAUUGACUGUCGGAAGAUAGGCUUCUCUCAUAGUUCUGAGAAGCUGGUGGAUAUUCAGGAAUAUGUUAAUGGCAUCAACAAGGACAUGAACCUUGUUUUUGUGGUUGGGGCAAUGGCCCACGGGAAAAUUGAUAAAGAUUAUGUCGAAGAUUAUCUAUCGAUUUCUGAUUAUCCAUU